UUCCUGUUGUCUUUUGCCUCUUACAGUAACAACGUUAUGUAUUCAUCCUAACAAGUUAUUUCGUAUUCAUUAAUAUGGGCUACAUCAACAGUCUGCUGUUUUUACUUCUCUUUGUGAAUACCAGCUUCAAGUGGGUUGAUUGCUGCAAACUUUGGGACGAAAUGCACCAAAAUUGCAAAGAUUGUUCUCCGGGGUAUGUGGGUAGCGAUUGUACGGAGCAAUGUCGCCAUCCGAACUACGGAACAGAUUGUCAGGGACUGUGCAAUUGUAGUAAAGAGUUCUGUGAUAUUGCCACUGGUUGCUUUUCACCUAAAGAUGGGUGUAGAGCUGGCUAUUAUGGUGACAGAUGUAUCAACAAAUGCCGAUAUCCAAACUUUGGGAAAGCAUGCCAAAAACGUUGUCAGUGUACCCAGUCCUUAUGCAGUUUUAUCACUGGAUGUGACGCCUCUGGAUAUGUAAAUUUGACGUCGGACACAAUUUCACAAUCCAUAACGCAAUACACCAUAGAAAGAACUGCAAUGGGGGUUAUAGUUUCAGUAUCUGUCUUGUCUUCCAUAAUAAUCUCGGCUGUCAUCUCCUUAAUCAUCUGGCGACGGAGGGGUCCAUAUAGAUCUACCAGGAGAGCAUCGCAAAAUAUUCCAGAAAAAGCGCAACAGAAAACAACCAAACAAACGACACAACAACCUAACCAUGCUUCUUCAAAAACCAACAAUAGAACAAACGUUUACAGUUCCUGUGAUAUUGCCGGGCCCAGUCAGUUAAAAACUGUCUCCAUGGAGGUCUAUACCGAUCUUUUACAGCUAGACUGUGAUCGUACGGCGCAACAGCGCGCGAGUGAAACAGACACUAUACUAUAUGAUAUCAGUUCUUGUACGUAUGAGCCCAUGAUGAGCUUUGUCAAAGAAGACAACUUGACACGGGUUUAACAUACC